GAUCGCGAAUGUCUGCCUCUGCCACGUACCGCUGGGAUGUUGUCAGUGACUGGGAACUCUGCUCAGUUUCUGUCUGUAUUUCCACUGUUAAAUAGAGCGCUGCGGCAAGCCCUCUCCCUGGAUUGUGAGAGAUUGCUUCAAAGUUUUCUCGUCGGGCAGUUGCUACUUGUGCUGGGAAUGUGGAGAGAUCCGAACGAACUGACUGGAGAAAGUGUUGAAAAGCAGCUUUCAGGAAGGGUGCCAUUCUAGCUAGGCUGGCAGCACCAAAAUUCUUCAUUUUAACGUGGGGAAGGUGGUCGCAGAUGUCAUUUGCUUUCCUUUGGGACCACGUGGAUCGGGAGGAAACAUCUGGGAGAAAGCGUCAGUGGAGGAGCUGCAGUACUGUAUUGUGUCUGAGCGCCUGCGGAUACCGAGCGCUAAACUACACGGGACACAGUCCUACCAUUGGGAGCUGGAGCCCGGGUCCGUGGGCAUGCCAACUUUCUACCUGGCACCUUCAUCAGUGAGGAGGACCUGACUCCACACUCAGGGCCAUCGUCAUUGACCAUGUACCAUGAAGCCUCCCAGUUGUUCUCCUUGGUUACUUGAACAGAAUGAAGAUAAUUGUUCUGUUGUCUCUCUGGAAUCCAGCGUUUUCUACAGUGAAGAAUGUGUGAAUAAAAAUCCUUUAAACACCUUCAUCAUAAAUGUUGGGGGCAGCAGGUUCAUUUUGUCACCUGAAACUCUGUUGUCCUACCCUGAAACACGUCUGGGAAAACUGGCUAUGUCUGAACAGGAUUCUGUGCUGGAGCUAUGUGAUGAUGCCAACUUUGUGGACAAUGAAUAUUUCUUCGACCGAAGUUCUCAAACCUUCAAAUACAUCAUAAAUUAUUAUAAAACUGGUAGAUUACAUGUGAAUGAAGAACUAUGUGCAAUGUCUUUUUUACAGGAAAUUGAAUACUGGGGAAUAGAUGAAUUUAACAUUGACAUUUGCUGCAGAGACAAAUAUUACAGACGAAAAGAAAUGAAUGAAGCUUUAGACAUAAAGCAAGAUGCAGAACUGAUUCAGAAUGAAGAGGAAGAUUUCUCUGGAGUAAUUUGUGAAAAGCUAAGACAAAAACUAUGGAUCAUGAUGGAGAAACCUGACUCUUCAAUGCUAGCUAAAAUAUUUGGCAUCCUUUCUGUAGCAUUUGUUCUCAUAUCCAUUGCAAACAUGGCUCUCUUUUCCCUUGAAUAUACAAUAUUGGAACCCCUGUUAUUGAAUGCAGUUGAGUAUAUUUGUAUCACCUGGUUUUCUGCAGAGUAUUUACUGCGAUUUUUCUGUGUCAAAAACAAAUGGAAGUUUCUUAAGAGUCUGGUAAAUAUCAUCGAUCUUAUUGCUGUGGUCCCAUUUUACAUCACUAUGCUGGUGGAGCAACUUUAUGGAGGUUCCACAGAAUUGGAAAAUGUGGGAAAGGUUGUCCAGAUCCUGAGAUUGAUGAGAUCGCUACGUAUGUUGAAGCUUGGAAGGCACUCAACAGGUCUGAAAUCUCUUGGAAUGACUGUCACUCAAUGUUAUGAAGAAGUUGGCUUACUUCUCCUUUUCCUGUCUGUGGGCAUUUCCAUCUUCUCAUCAGUGGAGUAUGCUGUGGAACACACUGUCCCAGAGACAACAUUUUCCAGUGUUCCCUCUGCAUGGUGGUGGGCAACAACAUCCAUGACCACUGUGGGUUAUGGAGAUAUUCGACCUGAAACUACUGUUGGAAAGAUAAUUGCUUUCUUAUGUAUCUUGACUGGCAUAUUGGUCUUAUCGCUACCUAUAGCGAUUAUAAAUGACAGGUUUUCCUCCUGUUACUUUACUCUGAAGAUGAAGGAAGCUGCCCUUCGACACCAUGAUGCUUUGAAGAGGCUCACCAAGAAUUCAGCUUUUGAUUCCAUUGCCAAUGUUAAUUUACGAGACGUUUAUGCACGUAGCAUUAUGGAAAUGUUACGGAUUAAGAAUAGAGAAAGGGCAAGUACCAGAGUUAGUGCUUUAGGUGAAAUUUGGUGAUCUACUGUUAACUAAUGUAGUGUGCAGUCUGAUUCCAGCCAGUUAUUUAUAAGUCUUAAUUAAAGAGGCAAUCUCAAAACUUAGUUGCUCAGAACACUUGUCUCAGACUUAAACAUUACAGAUUUUUGAUCCUAAUUUCAAUCUUUGUUCUUAGUUUAAAAAAAACUAAAAAAGGUUUGUAAAUUUUAAUUCUGCCAUUUGUGAUGCUACCUUUCUGAUGGACUCAGCCUCCUCACAGUCACCAAGUCAUGGAAUUUAAUGACAGAUUUGUAAGGCUUCUUUUAUAAACCAACAUAUCCGUAAACAAUUAUACAUGAAAGUUAAUGUCCCGUAAAACACCCUGUAAGUAUCUUCAAACUUAAAUUUUGUCAUUAUGGAGAAUUGAGUGAUUCAACUGAGGAGAAACAUGGACCACUGAAAUAUGAAAACGCUGAACUAAAUAGAUUACAUUUCUCAACUAUUUAUUAUAUAUACACUAUUUAUUGGAAUUUAUAACAAUCAUUU